UAUCUAUCUUUCUCUUUAUGGAUCAUCUUGAUAAAUAAUGUAAGGAGAUGAAAAGGAUUUAAAUAUUAGUUAAUUGGUCAGUGGUACCGUUAAUUUUUUUCUAAACAAGUGUUGUUAAUUUGUGUGAAAAUAGUAGGCUGUUAUUAAACAUCAGCCUUGUAGGUUGAAAUUUGAAAUUUUAACCAUCUUCUAAUUCCUUCCUUAUCUCCUCUCAUAGGGCAAUAAACCACUCACUUUUCUCAAUUCCACAUCAUCUCACUUCCUGUAGCCAAAUUCAUACCUUGCUUAUGAUGUACUUUUUGUCUUAAUAUUCUUACUGACAUCAAAAUUAUUGUGUCCAUUGCUUGUACUUAAAAUAUUGGCUAUUUAGGCAUUGUUAAAUUGCCAUCACUAAGCGUAUUUAACUAUGUAAAGUGUACGUUUAGCUCUCGAAGUGUUGGAGAAGUAAUUUUAAAUGGUAAGCAAAUUAUAUUUUGCUGUAAAUAUUAAUACGUAAUUUUUAUCCAACGAAGAAUUUAUUUACAAUUUUUUUGUUAAUUGGGUACUAAAGUGUCUGUAAGCCUGUGACCAUAUUAUCUUAAAUCGUGAUUAUUAUAAUAUAUUCAUAAAGUAUAUAUUAUUCAAAGAUUAUCUAUGAUAAUUCGUGGUUGUCAUGCAAGAAUUAUAAUUAUAGUUGUCACUUGUCAAUUUAUCAUGCUUUUGGCCGCAAGGAAUGCCGCCAACAAGACACAGUGUGCCACUAUUAGAAAUCGCACUACUCACCUUCAUUCCACCGUGGUAUAACUGUAUAAGGUUGAACCAAAGAAACUGGUUUCUGGUAUAGUAUAUGGCUAUAUAUUUUCAUAAGUAUUCGCUGGCAUAUCCACUUCAUUUUUUUUAUCUUAAUUCUAAAACUUCAGAAUUUUUUGUUUACUUAAUAAUAAUUAUUAACGAAGAAUAAUUUACGUUAAGUUCACCUCUAACUUCUAAGAUCUCACUUUGCUUAAGGUAUCACAGUACAAUAUUAUUCAUUUCUUUUCCUUUUUGAUAUUUUUGAUAAAUAUUCUUUCCUUUUACACAUUAUUUGAACAUAUUAUAAUUAAUUUAUAAUAUAGAUUGAUUUAUGUACCUAUCUAUUUGAUUGUUAGAUAUAGAUACUAAUGUCAUUCAAUUAUUGUAAGAAACUCUUAUAUUAAAAUUCACCGUUUAAUUUUCAGUGUCUACGAUUAUUUAGAAAUUUAGAAUUGUUCAACCAGUUGGAAAAAACAUUGAGAUAGCUUAUUAAUUAAUUUUGAUGAUUAUGGAAAAUAAUAUCCAUAUUUGAAGAAUUUCAUUUAACAGAGCUGUUAAUUUUUCUGUUUUGCAGUAAGUUAAAAUAAAAAUUACACAAUAUUUUUGAUACAGGAUGUUCAUUUAUUUUAUUCUCCCAAGAUGUUUUAGAUGUGGCAUAUACUUAAAAAAUAUUUUAAAUAGGAUUUAUUGGCAUUCAAAAUGUUUACUACAAUGUUUAAAUCACUUUUCAUCAAUAAUAAAAAAAAAAAUGAUGGAUCAAAAUGUCAAAUUGCAAACAAUACUUAUAGAAAAGAAAUUGAAUCCAAACUUAUUGGAUUGAAUAAAAUAUUGGAAAAUUCACAUAAUGAAAAUAGUUACUCCACAAAUCAACAUGACAUUAUUGAUGCUAUUGAAGUGAUGUCUAUCACUGAUACUAAUAUUCAUGAUGAUUGGAUUGAUAUUGGUUCAGUCGAUAAUUUUGAUGAUUCUAAAAGUGAAAUUAGUUCUAUUGGGGAAAACACUAAAACAACACAAGAUAUGGAUUCUAAUAAAAAAAAGACUGUUAACCGUAUUAAUAGUUUACAAUGUUUGUUUACGUGGAAUUUAAAACCAAAUAAUGGACAAAAUAUGAUUUUAAUGAUACAAAAUAAAUAUGGUGAAUACAAUUUGGAUAUUUCCUUACCUGAAUUCACAUUUAAAAGGUAGAUAAUUUUUUUAUUAACAAUUUGAAUGCAUACAAUUAAUUUAUAAUUUAUACAAUUAUGUUCCUAACAUGCCAAUAUGUUUUGAAAUAAUUGGUUUUAAUUUGUAUGGUUAGGUUUGUAGGUAAUUUAAUAAUUGCCUAUGAAAUGUUUCAUAUGGAUAAAACUGAACUUGGCCAAAUGAAAAUAUUAGAAAUUGGGAAAUGGCUUGAAGAAUUAGAUAAACUUGAUAAAGUUGAUGAAUUUUAUUUAUCUAUUAAUGUUGGCCUUAAACAUGUCAUGACAGGUACUUUUAUUCAUAUGUUAUUUGCUACAAAUCUAACUGGAGAAUGUAACUGGGUAAGCUAUAAUUUAUUCAUUCACUAUUUAAUUAUAUAUGUACUAGUGUCAUAUCACAUAUGUUAUAUUUUAUAAUCAACAUUUAUUCUACAACUUGUACUUGCUACUUUAUAAUUACUAAAAUUAAUUUUUUCAUCAAUAUAUAUUUUUUUUCUAUUGGUUUAUACUUUUUUAUAAUUUAUUUAGUAUUUCAAUGCCAAUUAUUUUGAUAUCUCUUAAUACAGGCUUGUAUGUGAAUACAAUUUUGAUCAAGUUUUAGAACCUCAAAAAUGUAUUCCAUGUUUAACUUAAAUCAAUUGCCAUUAAUUACCAUUGGCUUAGAGUUUGGCUAUAAGGUAUUAUGAAUUCAUUAAGACUGCUAUGAUUUAUAUAUGGUUCUAUGUUAGAUAUUAGACAUUUUUAAUAAUAUAAUUAACAAAUGGGAAAAUACCUAGAAGUAAUGUUUUAGGUAGAUAUUGCAUUAAUUGAUUAACCAUAUGUAGGUACUAGGUAACAUAUAACCUUGAUGCUAAUAUUUAAUACCUAUAAAGUAUAAUUUUUUUUUAGCUAUUAGAAAGUAUUACUUCUUUUGCCAAUAUGGAUCCUAAAUCAAGAGCUGCUGUAUAUGCAGUACAUUCAGCUGUAUUAAAUGAAUAUUAUAGAAAUCCUACUUUUUUAAAAAAAGCUUCUUAUUAUGCAAAAAAAGCGUGUGAUUUAGAUCCUAACACUUCCUAUUGGUUUUAUAUAUUUUCAAUUACAUUGACUGCUCAAAGGCAGUAUUUUCAAACUUGUAAAUCAAAGCCAACAGAAAAUGAAAUAAAUGCAAUUCAGCAAGCAAUUGUAUUGUCUGAUGGGAAAAAUACACUUUAUAAUUACCAAAGAAUGAGAUUAGACAAAGAUACUAUGAUAAAUGAUUAUUAUGAUAAAAAAAACAAAAACGACCCAUUGGUGUAUCAAAAAUUUGUCCAAGACAACCAAACUCUUGUUCAAAUGAUCAAGUAUGUAAAAUUAAUUUAUAUAAGCUUUAAAUUUUGAAUUAAGUAAUUUAUUUUAUUUUAGUUUUCUUUAGUAUUAAUUUUUAUAUUGGAACAUCAGUUAAGUAUUUAAGAGAAUGUUACACCCGCAUCUACUGUCUCAGUCCAACUACUGGGUAACAUGCAAAAACAAUGCUUAUGCGGAAUAAGCAAAACUAGCUUAAUUUUGACUUUAGAAUAAAAGUAUAUAUUUUAUUAGGAUAUGUCAGGGUUUUUGUAUUAUUCAAAAUGUACAGCUCAAUAUAUAAGAUAAAAAAACUUUUAUUUAAACUUUUUAAUAGUUCAUAAUUCAAAAAACACCUUUGAUAUUCCCUCCAAAAUAUUGUUCUCUAUACAUUUCAUACUAAGUACUUUUACUCUAAAGUCAAAAUUGAGCUAGUUUUAAUUAUUCUGCGUAAGUAUUGUUUUUGCAGGUUACCCGGUAGUUGAACUGAAACUUUAGAUGCCAAUAUAACGUCCUCUAAACUAUAUUAAAAUGUAUUUGAUGUUUUUGGUACAUGAAAUUAAAAACAAAUAAAACAUGUUUUCCAUAAUAUUUAAUCAAUUACAAAUACAAAAUAAUUGUAAUUAAUAAAUUAGUUUUCAAAACCCCUAUGCUUAUGAAAUUACAUUACAAAUUUUCAGAAAACUAUUUUGUUUAAUAAAAGCAUUUUUAAUAUUACUGUAUUAUAAUUUUAGAACUAUAAUAAGUAUGGAGCCAAAAGACCCUCUUUUAUUAGUUAAUUGUGCUAAAACUAUAAUGACUCUCCCAUUUAUGGUACGUGAUUUUAAUUUGGGAAAACAAUAUUUAACAAAAGCUUUGAAUAUGGCACCAAAUGAUAAAGCUGUUUUGGAAGCUGUUGAAAAAACAAUUCAAAUAUAUCAAAACAUAGUAAAACAUUUGUUUAAUACUUAACAUUUUAUUUUAUUAGUCAUUUAAAUUUAUUUAAACAUUUUAGUCUUAUAAGAAAAAAAAAAUACAAUCUGUAAAGAAACCACACCAACCACAAUUAAGAAAUAAAAUAUCAAAAUUAAAAGAAGAUUUAAGCAUUUUAGUAAUGAAACAUAAAAACGGUGAAGAUCUUAUUCCUCAUUUUAAUAAUUUGACUACAAAAUAUAAUGGAAUGGAUCAAUGUAAACUUAUGGCUCAGUUUUGUUCUUAUAACAUAUUAUUUGCAAAGAAUUUAAAAAAUGGCAUUGAACAGUUUAUUUGGUUAUCUGAAAAACCAGGAAUGGUGAAUAAUUUUUUAAUUACGGUAUGUAUUUAAUAGCAAAAAUAUAUGUUUACAUUUUCUAUUUAACUUAAAAUGUAUUUAAUGUCUUGUUUGUUUUUGGUUCAAAAAUUAUUGCACUUGCUUCGUUUUAAUAAUAGUUGAUUAAUUGAUUGUUAUUAUUUUAAAUUGUCUUAAGAGUACGUUAUACCUGCAUGUACUGGCUCAGUCCAACUACAGGGUAACAUGUUAAAACAAUGCUUUCACUGAAUAAGUAAAACUAGCUUAAUUUUUAUUUUAGAGUUAAAAUACCUAUUAUGAAAUUUAUAAAAAAAAAUAUUUUGUUGGGAAUGUUAUAGGGUUUUUGUAUUGUUCAAAAUAUAUAGCUCGAUAUAAAAGGUACAAAAAUCUUAAUUUUUUCUUUUUUAAUAGUUCAUAAUUCAAAAAACACUUGGCAUUCCCUCCAAAAUAUUUUUCUUUAUAAAUUUCGAAAAAAGUACUUUUACUCUAAAGUCAAAAUUAAGCUAGUUUACUUAUUCUGUAUAAGCAUUGUUUUUGCAUAUUACACAGUAAUAGGAUUUAAACAGUAGAUGUGGUUAUAACGUCCUCUUAAUAUUUUUUCAAAUAUCUAAAUUUUUUAAAUAAUAAUUUUAUUAAACAACCAAAUUAUUACCUAAUUAUCUAAAGUAUUAAUAAUAUCUACUUUCAAAGUUCAUAUUAAUUUUCAUAUAUUAUUUUUUUCUUUUGUUUCAGCAACAUUUUUCAUCUUUUGGCACAAAAAAGUUUAAUUUAGCUGAGCUAAUUUGUAAUGAAAUUAGAUUAGCUACAAAUGCAAGUGGCACUACGUCUGAGGAUAUGUUGUUUUAUUAUAAAAUUCUAGCUCAAAUCAUGGAAACAUAUAACUUAAACAUAAAAGACGUUGAUCCAUCAAUGAAAACAAAAUUAAUUGUCAAUUCAUCUGAUAGAACUAAAGGUACUAUUAAAACACAAAAGAGUGAGAAUGAUUCUUCAGAUCAUGAGAGUGUUAGCAAAAAAGAAAAUCAUAAACCAAAAACAUGUAAAACUACUGAUUCAAAAGUAUUAAAUAACCAGACUGAAUCAAACAAAACAUCAAAUAAGAAAAAUGCAAACCCAAAAAAUAAAAAUCCUCCGAAAAAUGUUCAAAAUAAACCUCACCAGUCAAAUACAAAUGAUUUAGAUGAAAAGAAAUAUAAAAUGGAAAAAUUGUUGAAUACUGUUGAAGGUAAGUCUAGAACUCCAACAUAUUUUAAUCCUACUCCAUUUCUCCCAGACAACAUUGCAAAUAUUCAAACGCAAGCUGAAAUAAAUCAAUUUACUCAAAGGAUGUAUGAAAACAUUUUGAAUAGAGGACAGCAACCAAAUUUUAUUCCACCUUACCAUAAUAAUUUUUUAAACCAAACAAAUAUGAACCCUUCAUAUGCACAGCACCUACCAUGUAUGAUAAGUUUAAGACCUCAAAGUCAAGAGGCUUUACACAAGCAACAAACAAAAAAGAAUAAUAAUAAAAAAAAAUAAGUUGAAAAAGUUC